GCGAGUCAGCGGCUCAUGCCUCAACGCGCGCAGGCGCCCGGCGGCGCUUGCCCCGCCCCUUUCCCCCCCUCGCCACCGCGGGGGGAGUGCGGGCGGUGGCGGUGUGUCCCGCCCCGCCGGCUCCGCCUCCUGCCCUCCCGCCGCGUCGGGGCCUGGCCAGUGGCGGCGGCUGCGCGGGGUUCUCUCCCGUGUCUCUCUCUCUCUCUCUCUCUGGGGCGGGCGGUGCCUCUCGGCUUUGCACCCCCCCACACACACCCUUCCUCCUCCCGGCCGCGACGGGAGGCGGCGAAGCGUCGCGGCGGGUGGAGCGCUCCCCCGGCAGCCUCCCAGGCGCACGGCCUCGCUGCCCGCAGGCAGGCAGGACUCCGGUCGGGCGCCCCCCUCGGCUGUUUCCGGAGGAAGGAGAAGCGCAGCUGCCCCCUCCCCCCUCUCCGCCUUCCUCCCCCACCUCCUCCUCCUCCUCCUCCUCGCUUGCGCCCUCCCUCCCGGCCCCCCCUCGGCGCGAGCGGAGCGCGGAGUCACCGCGGCGCACAGACGGGCCCGGCGGCGGCGGCACUCGCACACACAAUGGCGCUGAAACGCAUCAACAAGGAACUUAGUGACUUAGCCCGUGAUCCUCCAGCACAGUGUUCAGCAGGUCCCGUUGGAGAUGACAUGUUUCAUUGGCAAGCCACAAUUAUGGGACCUAAUGACAGUCCGUAUCAGGGUGGUGUAUUCUUCUUGACAAUUCACUUUCCUACAGAUUACCCUUUCAAACCACCUAAGGUUGCAUUUACAACAAGAAUCUAUCAUCCAAAUAUUAACAGUAAUGGCAGCAUUUGUCUUGAUAUUCUAAGAUCACAGUGGUCUCCUGCUUUAACUAUUUCUAAAGUUCUCUUAUCCAUUUGUUCACUGUUAUGUGAUCCAAAUCCAGAUGACCCACUAGUGCCAGAGAUUGCACGUAUCUAUAAAACAGACAGAGACAAGUACAAUAGGUUAGCAAGAGAGUGGACAGAGAAAUACGCUAUGCUGUAGGGUACAACAGAAUAUCUCGGGAAUGGACUCAGAAGUAUGCCAUGUGAUGCUACCUUAAAGUCAGAAUAACCUGCAUUAUAGCUGGAAUAAACUUUAAAUUACUGUUCCUUUUUUGAUUUUCUUAUCCGGCUGCUCCCCUAUCAGACCUCAUCUUUUUUAUUUUUUUGUUUACCUCCUUCCAUUCAUGCACAUGCUCAUCUGAGAAGACUUUAGUUCUUCCAGCUUUGGACAAUAACUGCUUUUAGAAUCUGUAAAGUAGUUACACAAGAACAAUUGCCCAAGAUUCAGAAUUUUUUUUAAUGGAGCAUGUGUAUUAUGUGGCCAAUGUCUUCAUUCUAACUUGGUUAUGAGAUUAAAAACAAACAAACAUUCCUCACUGCUCUAACAGAUACUGAAGAUAUCACCUGAAGGGGGGAGGGGAGAUGGAUGUUCAGUUUUCUCCCAUCAAAGAAGUAACAUUGCUGUAGCAACAUCCAUCUUGUUCCAAACCUUCCAGUGUUAGAGAACUGAGGUUUUUAUUAUAUGCUUUUGCUCAUAACUGAUGUGUCUGGAGAAUUGGUACUGAAUCUAUAGCAUCAGCAGAACAGAAAAUGUGAUGUAUCUUAUGCAUGUCAAUAAAGGAAUGACCAGUUCUUGUUUUACAGAGAAUGGAAAUUGGAAGUCAAACAUCCCUUGUAUUCCAAAAUAGGGUCUAAGAACAUUUUUGUAAUUCAUUUAAAUUUUGUUAGGAGGCUUGGAGCUAUUAGUUAAUCUGUCUUCCAAAACACUGUUUAAUAUAGCACUGAAUAAAUGAUGCAAGUUGUCAAUGGAUGAGUGAUCAACUAAUAGCUCUACUAGUAAUUGAUUUAUUUUCUUCAAUAAAGUUGCAUAAACCAAUGAGUUAGCUGCCUGGAUUAAUCAAUAUGGGAAACAAAAUCUUUUGUAAAAGCAAAGCUGGUUUUUGUAUAUACUGUUGGGAUUUGCCUCAUUGUUUAACAUCAGAUAAUGAUGUAAAGUUCAAUAGAGUGAAUCUUUUGCCAUUUUCAGUUAUAAUGCUCAGUCUGUUGCAGGUUGACACAUUGUUCGGCCUGAUGUAUGCAGAAUUAAUAAGCUAACAUAGUAGUGUAGCCUUAGUAGUGUGCUACACGUGGUGCUGGGAGCCCAGCGUUCAAGGAUGGACUUGGGACCCAGCAGAUCUGAAGUGGUGUAUUUGUGGAGAUCCUUCCUGAUGCACCUGUGUUUGCUGACUGAGAACCUUUUUCUUCACCCUGUACACUUGACAGCUGAAAGAUCUUAAUGUGGGAGUAAUGAUGAGGCAAAAAAAAAUAUAAAAUAAAGUACUGUUUUGAUGUGGGAAUUGUCAUGAGGCUGUGUUGAAGUGACUUUACUAUGUGGGAUGUUCGUUACCAUUGAAAAGGACUUGUUCAGCCAUGCUGCCAUUUACAUUGAUGACUAUUUUAAUGCAACAGACACUUUCCUCAUGUCAGGUGACUAGACGUGAAUAAAGACUCAUUGCUAUUGGAUUUCUGUUCUACAAGAAACAUUGUCUUGUGCCAUUAGUUUAUCUUUGCAGCCACAAGGGCAUUAUUAAACAUCCGGCUCUCCUCUUUCCUGCCCUCUUCCUUCAUAUUUUUCCUUGUUUGAUUAUUAUUAUUUUUUUGGUCUCCAUUCUUAACAUCCAUAGCUUCAUUUUCUCUAGUCUUGUACCAUCAGUUUAUUGUGCAUCUGUGACUUCGCACUGGCACCACUUUUGCACUGCUUAUAGUUAUGUACAUUCUGAUUCCUUGUCCCCACAUGGAUGUGGAAAGCUAGAUGUAAAAUAAAUGUUAAACCUUAAUUUUUAUAAAAAUUUGAGUAUGUAGUUUGGA